AUGAGACACUGGCAGAAACCAAACCCAGAGAAAGUAGCAAAGGAUAUGCGAACUACUUGCACAAUAGAUGGAGAGAGAAUGUUCGAUAGAACAGAGUGGUUAUCCAACAUACAGAUUCAAGGUUUCUUCCCGAGAUUUUGCCUUAAACAGCGAUCUAAAUUACAACAAGAAUCGGAUGACGCCACCGAUGCAGACGACGAAGACCACCACUUGAUGGAGGCAUCCGCGUCUGAUGUAGACGAAGAGUGUUUGAGAGAGGCGAGGAACGCAAUAAUGGAUGAGAUACGACUGAAACAUCCAAUCAUGUUUGACAUCUAUGAUGUGAGCUCGUUGGCAAGAGAAGAAAGGUUGCCUAGCCUCAAAGUCAAGAUGCUAAGAGACAUGUGCAAACAUUUUGAGCUCGCUUUCAAAGUGCAAGACACAAAUGCAGCACCUCUUGCGAAAAUGGAGGAAGUUAUUUCGGGGUGCGGUUGUUAUUCC